CCCACCCGCACCUGCCCCUAGCCCGCAAGCUCCCCGGACCCGCAGGUGCCGAUGACAGCGGGAUUCCACGCCCCGCAGAGGCCCACCAGCUCCGGGGAAGGGGAGACGCGGUCCAGAGCCGCUCCCAGGCGGAUGUCCCAGUCUGUGCCAUCUUAGUCAAGAAACAUGGAGGUAAUUCAUGGCAGGCCCUAUUGUUGCAGAGAGCUUGAAGGAGCUGACAUACUGUCCAAUACCUUCUACUCUAAUGAACUGCACACUCCGCUACAAACAACUGUUCGUCCAACUGCCUCAGAGGACAGGUAUCAGGAAUUAAGGGAGUCGCUCCAACAAUGUAGACAUCGAUGGGGUGCUGAUAGGGAAUAUGGUGGGAUAAUGCCCAUUUCACUCCCUGAGGAACACAGGCAAAAAUGUGAACCUCCUCAUGUCAUGGGCAAAGGACAUCAGCAUUAUGGAUUUGGUGGAGAAACCUGGCCAAGAAAACUUCCUAUUGAACAAUUCUAUUAUUUGACGCAGAAUAAAAAAAGUGGCAUCUAUGGAAAUGAUUCUUUGAUGCCCAAACCACCUAAUUCAACAGUAGGAGAAAUCUGUUGCUCAUAUCCGAUUGAACACCCAUACCACACACACAUCUCCCGCGGUGCCAUGUUCCCGACCUUUACAUCACCUAAGGAUCUCUACACAGGCAUUAAAGCCCGAAGCCAACAGCCAUUUCCUCCCACUGUGCCAACGAAGGCUUAUGAUACAAUGAUUUUGAAAACAAGAGGUAAUCCUUACAGAUAUGAACUGCUUGAUCUUCCAAUGGAUUCAAAGAAGAAAGCCUUGAUUUGGCCAGGCCAGGAUAUAUAUUAUGAUUUUCCUAAAUGCGUUGAGAGAAACAAGCCCGUAUUCUACCCAAAACCUCCUAAAACCUUCGCUCCUAACACUUCUUUAAAUUCCUGGGACCCUAUUAGCUCUCUAAAAGAAGCCAACAUACAAAGAAAUCUUGAGAGGUCCCACUGGAUCACUUCAUACACUCAUGAUUUUACAGGUCUGGGGCCCAUGAACCCCCUUGAACUGGAUGAUUACCAUGAAAAGGAGGUAGCAGAGUUAACUGGACAGAUAGGAUUUGACCCAGAGCCUCAAGAAAAAUUCCAUCCUGUCUUAAAACCUCCCAGACCCCUGGAAGGACGAAUUGCUCGACUGAUUCAGAACCGACGUCCUCUGGAGGCUACUGUCCAGCAAAGACCACCUUCCUGUCCAGAUUGUACCCCUAGGGUUUUGUGUACUUUUCAUACCUUUGUACCCAGUUCUACAGAAAUGAUGGCACUUCGUGAUAACAAAGUGGCGGGUGUCACCCAUAAAAAACAGGAAAUUGAAGACAAGAUUAAGCACGAACAAAGCUUGCUAUCUACCUAUGCAUCCCCACCUAGUUACUCAACAAAAGAGCUGACUAACAUUUGUGACAUAAAAACAUUUCCGAAAAUCACGGAUACUAAAAAGAUAGAAGAUUUGUACUGGAGACAGCUGGCGUUAAAACCCCAACAUAUACCUUACUGUAACCCGAACCAUUACAUUCCGUAUGAGCGGGUUAAAUCUGUCAUACGUGACCACUGUACUAUGUGUCAAAACUCUGUUAGCCUUAGUAAGCCUAGUAUUUUAGAAAGUAAGUCAGACUUGGAAGCUUUUGAUUUAGACCAUUUUUUAAGUAAGCGAAAAGAACAGAUGUCCUUGAACACAGAAAACAACGAGGAAACAAGACCUAUUCUGGGUUGGAUUCCUAGAGCUGGAGUGGCCAACCCUCAAACUGACCUGCUGGAGCUUAAGAACUCUUUUUCAAAAACUGGUGCACAAAAACAUUUCCAUAAAUCAAUUGUAGAAGACCAUAAAGACCUCAGGGAUAAGGAGUAUUCAGGGAUGAAACACCAAUUCUAUGGCCAUAAUUCCUAUUAUUUCUAUAAUUGAGAUAUUCAUCCUUUCCUUCAAAACCCAGCUUCUUGCAAGGAAAGUAAAAAUAUAACAGAACUUCUUCCAUGUUGUUGGAUUCUGUUUUCUAGAAGAGCCAUGAUGAUCUUGCUAAUGAAGUUUGUUUUCAGGAACUUAAGUCAGGAUCUGGUCAGAGGAACCCAGAAAAGGGGAUGUUCUUACUUCUUGAGAAGUUUAACAAUUUCAAUAAAUAUUAGAAUCAGAAAAA